CAUCGCACAGGCGUCCUCGCGGUGACACCGCGUUGCCGCGGGGGCGUAUCCUCGACAUGACGUCACGGGGGCACGGCUUUCAUAUGACGUCAGGGGCAUGUCAGGAACCCGGUGGCCACGGGGUAAAUAGUCUUAGUGACUCGGCGCUAAUUUUGAUUCGGGUUUUUUUUUAUAUUACAGUUUGUUUUUAAAAGUCAUCCUGUCACGCGAAUGCCGUCGCCGUUGCUUCUGCUGUUGCCGCCGUGCGACCGGUAACGGUACAAGCCUCACGGGGCAGGCCGCCUCGACUGGAGAGCAACGUAAGCACCAAGGGUCCCUUUGUGAGGCCAGACCCAACAUCACCAGCAGCAGCGUCGCCAAAUCAUCAUCAUUAUCAGCAACAUCAUCAACCACAGUGUUAAGCAGAGGCGUUCCUUUGUGAGGACACAGUCUAACAUCCAUCAGGAGCAGCAGCGGCAUCAACAACGGGGCAUCAUCGACAUUGUCUUCACCGCAACAUUAUUAAAAUCAUCGGCACAUCGUAGCAGCAGCCCGCGCCGCUGCCAUCACCGCAGCCGCCGCCGGUGCCGCCACCAUGCUGCGCCUGCGCUGCAAGAGCAAGAGCGGCACGCACGCCGUGGCGGGCCUGUCGGAGCGCUCGAGCCUCCGUGAGCUCCAGGCGCGACUCUCCGAGGCCACGGGCAUCGCGCCUGCCGCUCAGCGCAUCAUGGCCGGCUUCCCACCCUGCGACCUCGACUUGGCCAGGGCAGACGCCUCGCUCAGCGAGCUGCACGUCAAGUCCGGGGACACGCUUAUUGUGGAGGAGGACACGGCGAGACGCAAGACGCGGCCGUCGCCACCGUCGCCACCUUCGCCACCGCCGGCCCUGCCGAUGCGGCUCAGUCGGCACGUGGUUCCCGCCGACAACUCGUGCCUCUUCACGAGCGUGAGUUACGCGCUUGACGGGCCGGUGGCGGCGGCGGCGCCGGCGGCGGCGGCGACCGCGGCCGGGCGGGCACGCGAGCUGCGCCGUCUGAUCGCGAGCGUCGUGGCCGGUGAGCCCGACACGUACUCGGAGGCGCUGCUCGGGAAGCCCAACGCCGAGUACUGCCGCUGGAUCGAGCAGGAGGACACCUGGGGAGGCGCCAUCGAGCUCUCCAUCCUCGCCAGGUUCUACGAGUGCGAGAUCUGCGUCGCCGACACGCAGACUCUACGCGUCGACCGCUUUGGCGAGGGCUCUGGCUACGCACGCCGCGCACUCCUCAUCUACGACGGCAUACACUACGACCCACUGGAGCUGUCUCCCGUCGACGGUGCUCCCCACCGCCCCCCACGGACGCUCUUCCCCACGACCGACGAUGUGCCACUUGCGCAGGCCCAGGAGCUGGCCGAGGAAGCGCGGCGGCGCCGGCAGUUCACCGACCUGACGCGCUUCGCACUGCGCUGCCUCGCCUGCCAGAAGGGGCUGACGGGCCAGCGCGAGGCUCAGCGCCACGCUGAGGAGACCGGGCACCUCAACUUCGGCGAGGUGUAGGGCCCAUCUGCCGCGUAAACCAGCCCGCCAGCUAACCAGCUAGCCCUCCAGUUAGCCCGCCAGUUAGCCAGGCAGCUCACCCGUGCCUGUGCAUGCUCGCCUGCCUCCCCACCCCCGCGCUUAUUCGAAAGGACGAGGGCGCUGCCGCAUUGCGAUUGCGGCCCUGCAUCCCAGCCUGGGGUUUGCUCCUGAGCAAUGAAAUGCGUGUGUUCUGGUGCUUUUGGAGAUCUCACGACCCUGGGAUUUAGGGUUUGCUGAGGCGGUUACGGCCGUGGCUGAUGUCUUCAGAACGGUGUGAGAGGCAGCGAGGAGCGCGACUGAUGGCAGCGAUGGCGACGUUGCUGGGGGAGAGGAGGGUGGAGUUGCCGAUUGUGACGGUACAAUCGGCAACUCCACGAUUGCCGUGUUGCGCCGUGCCCUGCUGUUCCCUCGCCUCCGUUUGUUGCGAUCAAUUCUUGACUUUGUCCCAAUUUCAGCUUUGGCUUUUUAAAAACUUUUUGUUCAGGCGUGUGCUUGGUGUGAAUCGGAUUACAUUUGUCACAAAGAGUUGUAAGAGUUGGACAAAAACCAUGGAGGACCUAGCAUUAAAGAAAUCAGGUGCGCGUCACCGUGUGUAAGUGCUCGAAAUCAGGUGCAGCUUGAAUGUGGACGGGUAAAUUAUAUUCAGGUACAUUUCACCCAAAGUAAACAUUUACAGCAGACGAAACACCGGUGCCCACAGCACAGUUUCCCGUUCGUCCAUCGCGGUCUCCCUUCAGCAGCAUCCAAGCCGGAUCCCGCGCCGGCAAUAUGAGUGUGAGGUCUGAAGUGGUCUGGAGGUCGCACGCUCAUCUAUUUGGUCACAGAGACCAUCGCUUUUCACGUGACAGCACCGGCCUGGAUGAUGCAGCCCUGACUUUUGAGGACCGCAGGAAGAGCUUUGGAAGACCGGGUCAACGCAGCCAGCGUCUUGGCCACGUCGGCUCUCCGUGGCUGAUAGCGAAACACCCUCAGUUGGGGCGAACGUCAAUUCAAUCAAGCAGUCAAUUGACUGUAUUCAAAACCGGGUGAUGGCCCGUUGAGACGAAUGGGAGACCUGUGCUGCCGCGAGUCCGUUUCUUCGGAACCGCUCGUGAAAGUCGCACGUGCGACCGUGGUCCGACCUGCAGCCCAAGAAACCCGUGCUGGAGUGAGGCUGGCGGCGGCAGGAACAUCAGUGUCCAGUUCGGUGGCACCAGCUGCAGGAUCUCGGAUACCACUUGGCUGCCUCUCGCUUCGUUGCAAAUUACACAACCCCCCCCCUGCCUUAAUCACGUGUCAGACACCAACACCAAAGGUGUGUCAGUAUUGCCUCUCUCGGUGCCCCCCCCCCCAUCCCCACACUCAUUUUGCUCGUCAUUCGCGUUAUUGUGCAGUUGUCGCAGUAUUUCUCGUAGCGCGACCAAUCGCGUCUGUCUGAAACAUGCGUCGGGUUGGCGUGUCGGCGAGGCUGUCAGCGCCAACGGGUUGGCCCCGAGCAAGUGGGGAGCGUGCUGGUGUGCAGCGUAGCAGCACCAGCCAGUUGGAGACGAGCCAUAACCUUACACCCUUUGACAACACUUGCCAGCCAGACAUGAAAUAUAACCCCAUGCAAUUAGCCGAUAGGAUUCUUACUAUAACCACUAUAUACCUGCAUAUAAGGACUUGAAUAUACUUGUAUACCUGUCCCUAACCUUAACAUUGGUACAGUUCCAGAGGUGAGGUGCUAGGUUAAGCUACUUAGGAUUAGAGGUUUGAUUCGUUUUUGGUCGGUUGGUGUGGUGAAGUGUCAUGCUAGGAUCUGGUUGUCGAUCUUUCUAGGUUUAAGGAUAGAAUCGCGGGAUGGCUGUUCUGGUUAGACUUAGUAUUAGUGUCUGGUAGGGUAGUACAUUUAUGGUGACGGCUACAGUGCUAGGAUCUAUUUGUCUAGGUUGUUAGGAUUAGGGCGAGAUGGCGAGUGUGGUUAGGGGUCGCACUUGCAUCUGGUUGGCUAGUUUGCUACACCCCUAUCAGUUUGCCCCCCCCCCCUUCAUUGUCAAUCGUGGCCUUGUCACUCUUUGGUCACUUUUACAUCCUACGCACUGAUCCGCGCGUUGUUGGCGAACGUUUCUUUUCGUCCGAAAUUUGGUUAUCUUUUACCCAACGUCUCCAAUCGGCCAAACUUCGGGUCAAAUCGCCCUGGCGGUGAUACAUUUCCGGUCGUGCCGUCAGACGCGAACCUGGACCCCAUGGCGUUCACAGCGUCGUCGACAGCGGAAUGAAUUUUAAAUGUAUCCGCUCAGGAUGUCGGGAGUCUGUGCUCCCUCCCGCGCUGUUGUUGAACGCGCCGCGUCGCCGCUCGUUAUACCUCACCCGGGGCUGGAGUCCGGGCUCAUGCAGCGCUGUGUGCAUGUGUGUUUUUACAAUGUGCACCCACAAAAAAAUAAUGCACCUCUGCUGGCACGUAAACGUCACGUGACGUCAUCAGCCGUGCCUGUUUUUUUCGUGCGAGUUAUUUUCAGAGAGUCUCUUUCCUCAGUUGUAUUCGACUUGUGCCAUUGGCAUCACAUCAUGAGACGAUGCAUCGAUUCAGAUACGUUGAUUUGUUAACAAAAUUUUAACUGUGGAAAAUUAUAAUAAAGUGAUUUUUAACUUGGAGCAGCGUCAUCAUGUUAACUCAAGCAAACAUUUUAAUCCUCGAUAUAUAUUUUAGAAAGUAAGAUGUACCGGUGCCGCUUUUGCAUGCUAUCCGGUCCCUCCAUUCCCGGAGUGAGAGCUGUGUCCGUAUUCUUGGCGUUAAAUCAAAGUCGCUCACUGUGGGUGUUGGACUCCGCCAAGGGUGCGUCUUGUCUCCACUCCUGUUUGUGAUUUUCACGGACAGGAUAUCAAGGCGCAGCCGAGGUAUGGAGAGUGUCCAGUACGGGGGGGGGGGUAUGGAGAUGGCAUCGCCGCUUUUUGCAGAUGACGUCCUCUUUUCCUCAUCAGUCUGUGAUCUCCAGCGUGCACUUGAAUGGUUUGAUGCCGAGUGUGAAGCGGCUAGGGUGAGGAUUGGCACUUCCAAAUCUGAGGUCAUGGUUCACUCCCGGGAGACGCUGGAUUGUGCUCUCCAAGUGAGGGGGAAAAAGCUGUCCUGAGUGGAGGAGUUUAGGUCUCUUUUGUGAGUGAUGGUAAGUGGGAGCGUGAGAUCGGCCAGCGGAUCGGUGUGGCAUCUGCAGUGUUGCGGGCGCUGUACCGUUCCGUGGUAUAGUGAAGCGGGAAGCUGAGUUCUCGAACAAAGCUCUCGGUUUAUAGGUUGAUCUACGUUCAAACAUUAACCUAUGGUCAUGAGCUUUGGGCAAUGACCAAGAGGAUGAGAUCGCGUGGAUACAAGGGGCCGAAAUGAGGUUUCUCCGCAGGGUUUCCGGGCUAACUCUCCGUGAUUGGGUGAGGAGCUCUGUAAUCGAGGAGAGCCUCAAGAGUCGAGUUGCAGUUACUCCGGAUCGAGAGGAGCCAGUUGAGGUAGUUCGGGCCACUUGUAAUAAUGCCCCCUGGUAGACUCCUUUUGGAACUCUGCCGGGCACCUCCUACUGAGUGAACACCCCGGGACCGGCCCAGGACACGCUGGCGGGACUGUUGCUCGGCUGGCCUGGGAAUUCCCAAGUAAUGAGCUGGAUUCCGUCGCAGGGAAAGGGAGGUCUGGACCGCCUUACUCAACAUGCUUGCUGCUGUGACCGUCACCAGGACAAGAGGAUCGAGAAACGAACGAAGAAAGUGAGAUCGCAGUCACGUUGUGGGGCUACGGGCAUGGGGGAGUGAGCAGGAGAGGGACAUCCCACGGAACCGUGUGGGUGGUGCAGUGUUGGUACAAACAAAGAGCCAGUGGACAGGGCCUUCCCCAGGAAUGGUUUCUCACGGCUCGGGUGUACUUUCAUGGCCGUGGGAAAGUAGCGCUUUGCACGCCCGCUUCACCCGGACUCGAACUUCGUUUUUUUGCAACUUCGUCGGCCACCAAGGGGGAGUUCCACUCUUCCUUAGUUUACAACAAGCAUGGUUUACACUCGGCUGUGCGUCUGUUCUUAGCUUUACAAACGUUUUUUUACAUUUCUGAUUUGUUUAGCAUAUUUAAACUACACCCGUGUUGCUGUAUUUGAAUAAAUAAAGAUUGACUUUGCUUACGCUGA